AUGGUGAAGCUGAGCAAAGAGACCAAGCAGAGGCUACAGCAGCAAUUUCAGGACAGCCAUUUGCCAUCUGCUGGGGGAUUUACUUCCCUUGUUAUUUACCUGGGAUUUAUAGGUGGUACAGAUCCUUCAAUACCUGAUCUGUCCAUUUUAAGCCUACUUUAG